AUGUUGUCUUUUGCUUGUCAGGUUUUAUUUGUGGCAGCAGCUUGGGCUGCGUCUUCAUCUUCGGCUCAAGAAGUCAGUGUGAUUGAGUUUGACAAUUUUGGUUAUUCCGGAACUUACAAUAUGGUGUCAGAGCUCAAAAAUGUCGAUUCCGAUAGUUGUACAUGUGAAUUGAGCACCGAGGUUACCAAAUUUCUGGGCGCAAAUGCUCCAAUCGACGAGGAGGUCAGUGUUCAUUUCCGUGGUCCUCUUACUUUGUCCAAGUUUGGAUACUAUGUUGCAGAUGGAGACAAUUGGGAUAGAAAAGCAUACUAUAACGGAUCGCUGUCGUCGAAUGUCACUUUUUUGACGACUGCUGGACUGAACUCGUCUUGCUUGGGAAAAGCGUUAACCUAUGCCGAUUCCGAUGGAGUGUCCAAAGCUAGCUCUGCAACAUUGUUGGGUAAAGAUACCUUGAUCAACUCGCAAGAUGAGUACUCCAUCUUCUCUACCGUUAAAUGUGGAGACUCAGGCGUCGGUAAAGAUUGCGGAGUGUAUCGUUCUGGAAUCCCAGCUUUCCAUGGAUUCUAUGGUUCCACUAAAAUGUUCCUCUUCGAGUUCACCAUGCCCACCGAGUCAAAAGUGCUGAAAUCCGAGGUUUCCAACUACAACAUGCCUGCAAUCUGGCUCUUGAAUGCACACAUUCCCAGAACUUCACAAUACUCUACUAAUGCCAAUUGUUCAUGCUGGAGAUCCGGGUGCGGAGAAUUCGAUAUCUUUGAGGUGAAAAAUAAUACCGAUUCCACCGUCAACAAAUUGUUUUCCACGAUCCAUGACUACCAGGGAACUGACGACAUCGAGUCGGGCAUCCAGGCCAAUGGCUAUAUUCCUCGUGACACCGAAGGUACCAUGGUAGGAGGUGUAGUAUUUGACAGCGACGGAAAAGCUACCGUUUUCGUCAGCAAUUCCACUACUUUUGAUUCUUCUAUAAGCAACAGCGAUGUAUCUGACUGGGUCCUGAAAGCUGGCACCGCAGCCACGGAGCAGUUAUCUUCAGUUUCCUACACUCCUGCAACACUGACACUGGCAUCCAAGUCGAAGGGUAGUGGAAGCUCACAUGGGUUUUCAAUAAUGAACGCUGUUUUUGCCUUGGCGUUGUGGAUGAUAUAG